GCAACUUACGUAAUUCCCAAUAAUGUUUUAUCGCACUUCUUUUUUUGUUUUGUUUCGAUGAUCAAUCCGCCCGCCUGUUCUAACACAUGUUAAGGUUAGAAUUCAAUUGACCGGAGAACUGGUGACAUCUGGUGCGAUCAAUUGGAACGUAAUCUCGAUAGAAACAGAACUUCGAUAUUUUUCAACGUCACGUUAGUUCGCGCUACCCACGGGCAGGCAGAUUCAAGAAAUGAGAUACGACGAAGAGGUGGAACGAACGGUUUGUGAAAACGGUCAGAAGUUUCAAGGAAAGAAUUGCCCUCAGGACCAGAACGCGGCGAGAUGCUGCCGCCCCGUUGAACGAUCGUUCCUGCACUGAAUAAUAACACUAAGUAAAAAUGUUACGUACAAAUUCCAGCAAAAAAAAAUUCUGCAUCCGCAAGCUGAAAUCUCAAAUUGUUGUCGUUGCCAAAUAAGUCGUGCACAACGCAAUUCUGUGGUCCCAGAAUAUGGCUUCGUCCACGAAGAGGUCAUGGAAACUCCAGGAUUUUGUUGCCCACUCGGCCAAUGUCAAUUGCCUGGCACUAGGUCACAAGUCUGGACGCGUUUUGGUCACUGGUGGUGAUGACAAGAAAGUAAAUCUAUGGGCAGUUGGAAAGCAGAAUUGUAUUAUGAGCCUGAGUGGUCAUACCACUUCAAUAGAAUGUGUUAGAUUUGGACAAACGGAAGAUUUAGUAUGUGCUGGUUCACAAACAGGAGCAUUAAAAAUCUGGGACUUAGAACAUGCUAAAUUAGCCCGUACAUUAACUGGACACAAAGCAGGUAUACGUUGUAUGGACUUUCAUCCUUAUGGGGAAUUAUUAGCAUCAGGAAGUUUAGACACUGCUAUAAAACUUUGGGACAUCAGAAGAAAAGGUUGUAUCUUCACUUAUAAGGGACACAAUAGGAUGGUGAACAGUUUAAAAUUUAGUCCUGAUGGUCAGUGGAUUGCUAGUGCAGGCGAGGAAGGGAUGGUUAAGUUAUGGGAUUUAAGAGCUGGUAGACAGUUGAAGGAGUUUUCUGAACACAGAGGCCCAGCAACAACAGUGGAAUUUCAUCCUCAUGAAUUCUUACUAGCCAGUGGAAGUGCAGAUAGAACAGUUCAUUUUUGGGACUUGGAAUCUUUUCAACUUGUAUCUUCCACUGACCAAACUCAUUCUUCUGCAAUCAGAUGUCUUUACUUCAGUCAAGGUGGAGAAUGCCUUUUUGCUGGUUGCCAUGAUGUAUUAAAAGUCUAUGGCUGGGAACCAGGUAGAACAUUAGAUUCUAUUCCAACUGGCUGGGGGAAGGUACAAGAUAUAGCUAUCGCUCAGAAUCAGCUGAUCGGUGCAAGCUUUCACACUGCAAAUAUUGUCUUGUAUGUGUGUGACUUAAAGAAAAUCGCUCCAUUAGGAGGAGUCUCAACGACAUCCGGUUCUCCAUUUAGUCACGGGAAUUCGUUACGGAAAAGUUUUUCUAGGGAAAGGCCACCUGGAUUAAAGAAGCAUACAUUAGAUGUACGAACCAUAGAAGAAGCAGACAAGUCUGGAACUGACCCUGAAGAUGAAGCAACGUAUGCAGAUAUUCCCAAUGUCACUGAAUAUCGCGAUAUUUUUCAACCUAACAGGUCAUUGUCUCGCACUCCACCUCCAGAACCUGAGGCUUUCCCGGAGCCUCAAGAUGUGGAUCCUACGCAACCGCAGAUACUGCAAAAUCUUUCUACCUCAAUGUCAAACUUAAACACGGUGGAUACAGAAGAAGUUCCACCUAUCUCGUCGCCGUCAUCUCCACCUCCACCCGCACCAACGUUGUCGUUAAUAAAGCCUGUACCAGUUCGUGUUCAACCGAUGAAAUCGUCACCGCCAGUUCAAAGAAAUACAAUUACGAGUACUAGCCAAAUAAAAGCGAAUCUUCAAGCUAAUAACGGCUUUGGCAGAACAUCGAAAACUCUCGCGUCUAUACCACCUCUAAGACAAAACAUUACACCUCUUCCUGGGAAAAAAGGCAGUUCUAUUAGUGAUAUAGGAACACUUCCACAACCUUUGGGCCCGCAAAGAUCAAAUUCUACGCUGACACCACGUGUAGCACCAAUGGCUGCUGUUCUUCCAGUAAUGGACGAUGGAAAAUUAAAGAAUAGAGCACCUAGCCCGGAUUCUCCUAAACAUUAUUUGAAAAGACAAAGUAGCUGUAGAGACGGAGAACAGGGUUACGAAAGCGAUUAUCCGGUACAAAUUAAUAGUAUAAGGCACAGCCCCUCCGAUCCUGCGUUAAACAGGCCAAAUUCUGCGCAAUCUAGAUCCACUUCGCUGAACAGAAACUUUGCUACCUCAACGUCGCUGUCCGCGCGCAACGCUUCCACAACCAUGACAUUCGUCACAAAGAAAUCAAACAAAGCUCAAGUGUCCCCGAAUCCUAAGUUAGAGAUUCGCGCGUCUCAGAUAAGGCCGAACGUCGAAAAUACGGAUAAAGGAGCAUUUGUUCCCAUAAGUGCCGAUAAACCGUACGGUUUGGACGUAGAAACUUUUCUACCAAAUCAUUAUGCGAGUUCAGCCGGUUUGGAUUACUCUCAAAUGGGAGUUCUCAACGAGAUGUCGGAAGCUGAAGUACUCAAUAGCAUGAUGCGCGGUCAUGAAUCGAUGAUGGCGGUACUUACAAGUCGCCAUCGUUCCUUACAAAUUAUUUAUUCUCUAUGGCACAAUAAAGAUCUUAAGGCUGCGGUGGAUUCUGCUGUGGCAAUGAACGAUCUUUCAAUUAUUGUCGAUCUAUUGGGAAUACUUACAUUAAAACCAACCAUGUGGAACUUGGAUUUAUGUAACUCUCUGCUCGGUCCGAUUGGUGAUUUACUACAAAGUAAAUAUGAAAUGUAUAUAACGGUGGGAUGUUCGGCAUUGAGAUUGAUCCUGCGAAACUUUGCAUCGGUAAUCAAGUCGAACGUGGAAGCUCCUCUCCACACGAUCGGCGUGGACGUGUCGCGAGAAGAACGAUACCACAAGUGCCUCUCCUGUUACGAGAAGUUCACGACGAUCAGAGGUAUUUUACUGAAGAAACAAACGACGCCAGGUAAAUUAGGUGCCUUGUUCCGCGAGAUGGUCGUGUUGCUACGAAGUCUCGAGUGACCACGGCUGAGGCACUUGGUGAACUCGACCGCCAGGCUCUUCGUUACCUGACAAAAAGUCGAGAAAGCUCGAGGAACGAGAAGCAGGUGGACGUCGGCCACUAUGGAGAGUCACCAGCCCGCUUUCGAGCUGCUCUGUUCAGGGAAACUUGGCGGAUCGGUUCGUCGAGGAUCGCUUCUUCCUUCUCUCCUCGGCUUCUUUUGAGUCCUGACUUCCGAUUGGCGGCACGUUCCAGAGGGAAAACCAAACGAGCACCAGGGAAUAAUCGCGAAAUUGACGACACACGAUGCUAAAAUGAAAAUGCUGUGUAACAGAAGAAAAAAGAGAGAUGAUCUUCUUUUCUUUUCUUUUUCUUUUUUAAGUAUACGAUCCGAAAUAACCCACAGAAGGAGAAACUAAGAGUCGAGUGAAUGUAAUGCUGAUUGAUUGUUGCCGAUGGAUUCGAUGCACGUUGUCAAGAUUGUACAUGACGUUUGCCACCCCCGUGUGUGUAAGAAUAAUAAGCCAGCUUUGUUUUAGAGAGAAAACGGGUGAUUCUCGGAUAGAGAAGUUUCAACGAGAAAAAUUUCAUCCAUCGUGAAUCGCAUGUGAAAUUUAAAAGGACUGUACACUUGAAAUGUAAAGACGUUGAACUAACGAUUAUAUGUAAAAUAUUAUGUUGUAUAAAAUGUGGUAUGGUAUAGGAUGUAGGAAGGCAGAGAAUGAUUUUAGAUGUGAAUAGUUGGGAAUAAGGAAUACAAUUGUUUUUUGUUUAAUACUAGAAUCACCAGACUGAUAGAUUAUGGAUUUAUUCUUCAUGCGGUUAUUAAUCCUUUUACUGCCAACUCGCAGUGCAUGGCGUGUGCGAAAACUGCUGGGGCCAAUUUGAUAUGUACGCUUUUAUGAAUUUUAUGAAAAAAAUUUGAACGUUUAAACAAACGGGGCCGCUGGCAGUAUCAGGGUUAAAAAUGCUUCU